CUACCUAUCUACCUAUCCCCCUCUACCUACCCCUCUACCUAUCUACCUAUCUACCUAUCUACCUAUCUAUCUAUCUAUCUAUCUAUCUAUCUAUCUAUCUAUCUAUCUAUCUAUCUAUCUAUCUAUCUAUCUAUCUAUCUACCUAUCUACCUACCCCUCUACCUAUCUACCUACCCCCCUCCCGCCUGCCCCCCUCUCCCUGCCCUCCUCCCGGCCCGCCCCCGGGCCGGUGUACCAACUCCCGCUUCCCAUACCCUUCCCAAGGCCUUUUUUCUUCCCUCUCCUCGCCCCAAGCCCUCCCAGAACCAAGCCGCGAUUUUAUUCUUUUUUUUUCCUUUUUUAUGCUAAUCAGGCGGGAUUCGAACCCGUCACCUCUUUGUUUGCCAGUUAAUUACCAAUUCAAUGCUUAUGCCAAUUGCGCUAUCCCGGCUCGGUUACAAAUUCAAUGGUUUUUUUGUAUGUUAUUCAUAUGCAAAUCAAAUUCUUGCCCCUGAUUGGCUGUUGAAAAUAAUGACAUCAUGAACCUUCGGCCCAGAGGUCCCUGAGGUCCCACAGGUCCAAGAACCAAAACAAACCAAAGUUUACCAAACAUAAUGGAAACUGUAGCCUUGUCGGCUUUGCGAAAGCUUCUUUUUAAUCAGGAUUCUUGUAUCUUUCUGACCACUAGUACAUUUAAAAAAGCACUUAGCGCUUUCACGUUUUUCCGACGGGCAAUUUUGAUUUUAGCUGUAAGUUUUGUAUAAUAUUGAAAUACUUGAAAUGUCCGUCGGUGCGUUUGCUUUCAGUCGGUGAUCACAAGAAACAGUUUUUGUACGGUUAAAAGUGAUCAACAUCAAUUUACAUUCUCGCUAUAUAUCCCACCAGUGAACGGUAUCAAUCAUAAAAGGCUGAAAAUAGAGGAAACUGCUCAGCAACGAAAAACGUUGGGACUUCUAAUCAAAUUCUCCUCGUUAGCGCCAGAUGAACGGUAAAGGAAUGAGUAUGGAGAAUGUGCAUGUUAAUCUCACGCCAUUUACAAGUGUUCCUGCAACAAGCAAAAGUGAUCUUAUAAAUGGAAAACGCGAAGGUUAUGUCACUUUUAAUAACAACAACACCAAAAGCUUUAUUUGCGUGACCAUAAAGGAAUUACAGUAUUGCAAAAGCUAUUAGUCUAAAAUUAAGUACUAAUUCAACUAAUUAGUACGUGCAAAACAUUACAAAACGUUACAGUUCUCAUUCAUUCAUUCAUUCAUUCAUUCAUUGAUAUUAAUUUGGUUCUUAAUUCAAAGCAUUGCGAGAUAGAUGAAACUAAUUGACAGUUAAUUAAAUAAUCAGAAGAAUUCAUAAGAAGAGAUAUUAAAGUAUCGUGUGAAAGUGAUUUGAAGUCAGGUAUUUUAGUUUCUAGUUUGGAGAAAAAUAUGUCUCUGAUCUGAGAAUAAGCCUUACAAUCUAGUAAGAAAUGAUUUUCAUCUUCGAUUUUGUUACUUGUACAAAAGUGACAUAUCCUUUCAUUGCGAGGAAUGUUUUCGUAUCUACCUGUUUCAAUUCUAAGUUGAUGACUACUUAUUCUAAAUCUAACUAAUGCUUUUCUCGAAGUUUUUUUUUCUUGUUAAAGCUAGGUACGGCGAGGGGCUAUAGUCGUCUUUGAUUGUACAAUAAAAACUGCGUUUUUGUGAUUGUUUUGAAGGGUCUGAUUCCAGUAAGAGACGUAUUUAAUAGAUUUGGAGCCAGCAAUGUGACCCUUCGACAACAAGAAAAAGCGUUCUUCUCUAACUAGGCAACUACAGUACCCUAGUCUGAAUCUGGUACCCUUAUAACUGCAAUAGGAAAUCUGCAAGUAGCACGGUAAAUCAUACUAAACUGCUACCGAUGCGACCGAAAACUUGUGAUAGAAUCGUGAAAUCAGCCUGAAGGAUCAAAACAAGGUGAUAUCCUUCGUGUCCUAAGGCAGCUAAAAGACUUUUUUCCAGAAUGAAAUAUACUUACAUCCUCUUACUUGAGACAUCACAAGAGUCCCAGGGACAUUUCCAGGAGAUCUCCAUCAGUUUCCAACUUGACCCAAAAGUCACUUGACAAGAUGAACCAAACAAACAUUGUUUGCCCGGCCUAUUGACGAUUAGUAAUUCCAUCAGGUCGUGUUUCUUUCGCAGGCAAGGUUACGUAAUUCAAGCUAUUUCCAAUCCAGUCUUAAAAUCAGGCUGUUAAAUGUCCCCAAGGUCAAUGACCAAUAAAGAAAAUUCUCCAACUUCAGACGAAGAGCAGUUUGGAACUUCAUGGUCUGUUUAUCCACUGCAUUAAAGAAAAGGAACGUACUAUAAGUAGACUAACUCGCGAAGCUGAAUGUGGGAAAAAGUGUGGAGAAGUUGAUCCUAAGUAAUGACAAAUGUUUAAUCAUAAAUUUCGCUUGUUUCUUCGCACACGUCCUUUUUUCCCCGUUUUUUUCUUACGUGAAUGCAUCCUUUUCUAAAAGUGCUUAUUUUGAGUCAAGAAUUUUAUAAAAGUAAGAAGAAAAAAAAUUGUGCUGAGCAGCAAAACCCUCCCCGGGUCUAGCCUGCGAGCAAGGUCUCUCACUGCCCCACCCCACCCAACCCUCCCCCCAAUCCCGGCAGCAAGAGACCUUGCUCGCAGGCUAGACCCCCCUCCCUUUCCCCUUCCCUUUCCCCUUCCCUUCCCUUCCCUUCCCCCUCCCACCCCUCCGCCCUCUACCUAUCUACCUAUCCCCCUCUACCUACCCCUCUACCUAUCUACCUAUCUACCUAUCUAUCUAUCUACCUAUCUAUCUAUCUAUCUAUCUAUCUAUCUAUCUAUCUAUCUAUCUAUCUAUCUAUCUAUCUAUCUAUCUAUCUACCUAUCUACCUACCCCUCUACCUAUCUACCUAC